AUGAGCGACGCCAUCUUGAAUGUAUUUCCAUUAACGACAAGCAAAUGGAGAGUAAACUAACAUUUGCAUUGGAUCCGUAUAGUGAUUUAUAAUAGCUGUGUUCUAAAAUCAACUGAGAAAAAUGGGUCGACCGUCGACCAUGCUCAAUCUACUUUCAACUCGACAGUCGAAAUGAAAAUGGCCGCUGAGGUGAGGUGGCUUUUGAUUUUUCAUAUAUUUUCGAUAAUUAAUGCAGUUCUCAGUGAAACACCUCAUCGAAAAUUUGAGUAUAAAUAUUCCUUUAAACCACCGUAUCUCGCACAAAUAGAUGGAAGCGUGCCUUUCUGGGAGUACGGAGGAAAUGCGAUUGCUAGUGCAGAGAAUGUUAGAGUAGCCCCAUCAUUGAAAAGUCAAAAAGGUGCAAUAUGGGUAAAACAGCCAAUUACCUUUGAUUGGUGGGCUGUAGAGUUGAUAUUUAGAGUAACAGGAAGGGCAAGAAUUGGAGCAGAUGGUUUAGCAUUUUGGUACACCAGUUCAAAGGGUGCCUAUAAUGGUACUGUUUUUGGUAGUUCUGAUCAGUGGAAUGGACUCGGAAUAUUCUUUGAUUCCUUUGACAAUGACAAUAACCACAACAACCCCUAUAUUAUGGCUGUUCUCAACGAUGGCACAAAAACUUUUGAUCAUACUAAUGAUGGUACAACACAAUUAUCUGCUGGUUGCUUGCGAGAUUUUCGUAAUAAACCAUUUGCUACAAGAGCAAAAAUUGAGUAUUAUCGAAAUGUUUUAACAGUAUUAUUCCAUAAUGGGAUGACAAACAAUGAACAAGAUUAUGGGAUUUGUUUCCAAGUUGAAAGUGUAUAUUUACCAAAGGGUGGAUAUUUUGGUGUUUCGGCUGCUACUGGUGGUUUGGCUGAUGAUCAUGAUGUUUCUCAUUUCUUAACACAUUCUCUAUAUCCUCCUGGUCAGUUGAGACCUGACGAACAGAAAAUUUCAUUAGAAGAACAACAAAAACUUAGUCAAGAAUUCUUAGAUUAUCAAAAAAAAUUAGAACAACAAAAAGAGGAAUACCGUAGAGAUCAUCCAGACGAACAUCUUGAAAAAGAAGAAUUUGAUGAAUAUUUUGAAAAUGAAAAUCAGAGAGAAUUAAGACAAAUCUUUGCUGGCCAAAGCGAAAUGUUUGUUAUAUUGCGUGAACUUAAUAAAAGAUUAGAUGAGGUAGUUGGAAAACAGGAAAGAUCUUUACAUUUAAUAUCUCAACUUCAAGUAGGAGGUAUGCAGGUAGGAGGUCAACCAGGGCAGCAAAUUCAACUGACUGACACAAUACGUCGACAAGAAGUCGACACCCUAUUGGGCAACCAGAAUGUUAUAUUAAAUAUAGCCAAAGAAAUUAAAUCCUUUGUGAACGAAGUUUAUUCUAAGACUGACACUAUUCUUAAUAAUCAGGCUCGUGCUCCAACAGCUCAGGUACAACAAAUGGGAUACGAUUAUCACUCUGUUAUUUCGGAAAUGCAAGAUGGAAUUAAUACUUUAAAAAGAGAGAUCGGACAAGUAAAUACUAAAUUAAAUAGUGGAAAUACAGAUUGUCCUACAACAAAUUGUUUAACAACGACAAUGUUCUUACUUUUCGUGGCAGUUCAAAUGAUCAUCUUGUUCGCAUACAGCAUGUACCGAGACAAUAAGGAAGCACAGGCGAAGAAGUUAUAUUAAUGUUUAUUUUUAAUCCUACAGUACAGAAGUAAAGAUACAGAAUUAAAUUUGUACCUUUAUGCACUGAUUCAAUAUUUGUAUCCAUGGAGUAUGCAUUUUGUUGAACAUUUGUAUAAUAAAUGCAUUCUUCAUCCGAAUUAGAUUUAACAAAGUGGCACGGCAAUCUGUGGCCCUGGAACAUGGUAAAAAGGUAAUCAUUGAUCGUGCUCAGUUUUGUAUAAUUCAAUCAUUUCAAAUAUUUUUUUCUACUCGUCAUUACAAAUUAUAGACAUAGCCAUAAAAAUACUACAAAAUAUGCGACAUUAAUCUGAAAAUGAGAUUAUGAGUUAAAUAAUAGGACUCUUGGAAUGUGAGACAGUUUAUCGUGAUUUACUUAAAGGAUUAUGUGUAAUAUAUAUUUUUUUAUCGUCAUUCGUUAAGAACGUUUUGCGCUACGCGCGCACCAUCUUUUUGCUAGUUUUGUUUUACAGAUUCCUUUCCUUUUUUUACAUAAAAAUUUUUUAGUAGUGUUACAUGAAAUAUACUGUAUAAAUAUUUAUACGAUUUUUGUAUGGGAAUUGGCAUAUCAGCAAAUGAAGGCUGAAACAUUUCUCUAAAAUAUCACUUUUGUAAGAUGGUAUUUAUCGAUCUGGUACUACAUUCCCUUAGACGAACAAAUGUAUAGGUAAGCUCAACGUCUUUAACGUGACAAAUACUACAAAUUAAAAGUAUGAAAUCAUAAAUAUACAUAAAUAUAGAGUAUAUAUUUAUACUCUACCGUACUCUUGCACUAUUGGUGAAAGUGAUGUCGAAUAAUCAUAACAUUCUUGAUACUGUAAAAAAACAUUUUGUUAAACAAACAUGUAUUUAGUAUGGUGUAUCGAGUAGAUAAUAUAGAAAGGAGGAACUCGAAUUAUUCGCAAGCUCGGUAUUCCUAUUAACAUUAUUGCAUUUGGAAAAGUUUAUCGAAGAUUGUAAAUGUAUAAUGAAAUAUAUCUGAUAAUAAAAAUA